UAAGAGACAACUUCAUGUAUGUUAUUUGUAUCACUUAUGUCUACUGCAAAUAACCUAAAAAUGGAUUCAAGUUUAGAAGUUGAAGCUAUGGAAAUGCAAGAAUAUAAUAGUGAAGAUUCUCAAAAAGUUGUGAGCAGUGAUGAAGAGGACGAAGAGGGUGAAAUCAAUGAGAAUAUUGAUGAGGACUAUGCAAAUGAGCUUGACUUUGAAGAUCAAAAGAAGAAAAAGUGGAAAAUACAGAAAUCAAAGCUGCCAAUCCAUUUGAAGGGACUGAUGGGUGAGGCUAAUUUAAGAUUUGCAAGAGGAGAUUGUGAUCUCUCUGAGAAAAUGUGUUAUGAAGUGAUCAGGCAACAACCUCAUGCAUAUGAACCAUAUGUGACUCUGUGCCAGAUUUAUGAGAACAAAGAUGAUGAUAAGAUGUUGCAGUAUUUGAGUAUAGCUGCACAUUUAAAAAGGGGUGAUGUUGAUCAGUGGAUGAGAUUGGGUCAACUGUACAUAACACGCAAUAAUAUUCCAGCAGCGGUAACCUGUUACUCUAGAGCUGUGAGCACUCAACCUGACAACUAUGAAAUACACUUAAAGAGAAUACAAUUAUUGGAACUACUCAAGGACCACAAAUUUGUGAUCAAAGCAAAGAUAAAGCUAUUAAAUCAAUACAAAGAAUGUGACCAUGAUGCUCUCAUGGAUUUAGCUAAAGAGUUGGCUGAAUAUUAUCAUAAAGAAAAAGAUUAUGCCAAGGCAAUUGAGAUGAUUGAAAUACCAUUUAAGAAAUGUAAACAAUACAUUACACCUGAACUUGUGAAUAUUUAUUUAGAGCUGUUGAUUUUGAUGGGCAAUUUUCCAAACUGCUUGGAUAUUUUUGUUCAGUACUGUAACAUUGAAAUGGAAAUACUUAUUGGCGAUGAUCAGAAGGUGGAAAUUAUCUCGUAUACGAUGCGACAAGAGAUAUUGAUUGAUCUGCAGAUUAAAUUCAUCAUCUGCUUGGUACAUUUGGAAUCUUACGAUUUAGUGGAUAAACUUGUAAAUCCGUUACUGGAUGACGAUAACAACGCUGAAAAUAUAGGAGAUUUGUUCUUAGACGUUGCCGAAGCCAUGAUGAAGAAAAAGCAACAUAUGAAAGCUCUCAAGCUGUUAGUUCCGCUGAUAAAAAGCAAAAAUUUCAGUUUGGCUGCCGUCUGGUUAAAAUACGCGGAAUGCCAGCGAGAAUGUAAUAUGGACGAACAAGCGAUCGAAAGCUACUACACUGUGGUUCGACUUGCGCCACAGCACAUCGAAGUAAAGAUCCCGUUAAGUGAUCUUCUUUUGAAAGUGGACAAGGUUAGGGAGGCUUUAAAAGUUCUGCGACAGAAUACGGCGGAGACCAACGAAGUUGACGUCCCAGUUGCUAUGAAAAGAAUGCGUUUAUUGAUGAAAAUAAAGAAGAAUGAAGAGCUCUAUAUGGAGUUUGAAACAUUUCUCCGACGGCAUUGCUUGGUUAUUGCUCCUGAUGAAGCCGAGCUACGUAUUCUCACUUUCCGAGUGAGUGUACGCGAGAAACUCAACAAGAUACGUGAACUGAGAAACCUGAGGGAUGAAGACCUCUGCAAUUUUUUCGAAAGUUCACGUGAGCCCUCCGUCGAGGAGGAAUAUGAUUUUUUCCUGGAGAUCAUGAACUACAGUUACGUCAAUCGGCACUUUGAGCAAAUGAAAAGGUUCGUCUUCAACGCUCUCAGCUCCACAAGGUUCAAAAAUUAUACCAGCGACUUGCAUGCAAUGGUCUUAUACGCAUGCAUGUUUUUGAAGGAACAUAGCUGGCAAAUAGCCAAACAAUCGGUGAGCUCGAAGAAUGGCAAAAAUAAUCUGCUGUGGAAUAUUUACAAUCAAACGAUGCUGACGUUCGUCGAUUCCAGGCAGAAUCGAUUCUUGAUGCUGUACCCUAACUUGGCCAUCACUAAAGUAUUAGAGGCAAAUAUUGCCGUGUCUUCGGGAAUGUACAAGAUUGCCAUCAUUCAUUUGCUACCAUUGCUCAAGAACCAGCCUACUCCUUUUGUAUAUCUGCUGCUGGGCAGCGUCUUUCUCCAAGUCACAAAUCAAAAGAGGCAUGAGGGUAAGAAAGAUCUGACGCAAUGUACAUAUGGCCUUUUUCAUAAUUACGCGAAGAAUCGCGGUAAAUUAGCUUAUCAAGAGGUCUGCUACAACCUUGGCAGAUUGUACCACCAGUAUGGCAUACUACAUCUAGCUAAACAUUAUUACCUUCAAUGCUUGGAGUACACAAAUUCUCUGAUAGACGAAUAUCCAGAAAUAUUAAAUCUUCAGCGAGAAGCUGCAUUCAAUUUGUGCCUAAUUUACAGGGACUCUGAAAAUUUUAUUGGGGCUAGAAAUAUUAUGAUCAAAUAUCUGACAAUAUAAAUAUUUAUUUGGAACACAACAUGUGCUUAACUUACAUUGAAGUUGUUAUUUUGUAAUAUAAUUUAAAUAAAAUAUAACAUUUCUCA